ACGAGCAGUAGGAUAACAUGGAGUCGGGCAAGAUGGCGCCUCCCAAGAACGCUCCGAGAGAUGCGUUGGUGAUGGCACAGAUCCUGAAGGAUAUGGGAAUUACGGAGUACGAACCAAGGGUUAUAAAUCAAAUGUUGGAAUUUGCUUUCCGAUAUGUGACUUCAAUUCUGGAUGAUGCAAAAAUUUAUUCAAGCCAUGCUAAGAAACCUAAUGUUGAUGCAGAUGAUGUGAGACUGGCAAUCCAGUGUCGGGCUGACCAAUCUUUUACCUCUCCUCCCCCGAGAGAUUUUUUACUGGAUAUUGCAAGACAGAAAAAUCAAACCCCUUUACCACUGAUUAAGCCAUAUGCAGGACCCAGACUGCCACCUGACAGAUACUGCUUAACUGCUCCAAACUAUAGGCUAAAGUCCUUAAUUAAAAAGGGACCUAACCAAGGAAGACUAGUUCCACGGUUAAGUGUUGGUGCUGUUAGUAGCAGACCUACCACUCCUACUAUAGCAACCCCACAAACAGUGUCUGUCCCAAAUAAAGUUGCACCUCCAGUGUCAGUGACAAGCCAAAGAUUUACGGUGCAGAUUCCACCUUCUCAGUCCACACCUGUCAAACCAGUUCCUGCAACAACUGCAGUUCAAAAUGUUCUGCUUAAUCCUUCAAUGAUUGGGCCCAAAAAUAUUCUUAUUACCACCAACAUGGUUUCAUCACAGAACACGGCCAAUGAAUCAAACCCACUGAAGAGAAAACAUGAAGAUGAUGACAAUGAUACUAUGUAAGGAAUAUAGUGUAGUCUCUAUGCAUUUCAAACGUGUAGUUGGUUUUGAGCCCAGUAUACCAAACUAGAACAUUCUUGAUCGAAAACUUAAAUGUAGCUGCAAUAUCUUUCACCUUAAAGUGUUAUAUUUAUUUCUUAAGGGUACCAAUGUUUUUUCAUUAGGCUUCAAGUAUAAAAAGUUAAGUGCUUGUUUUUUAAUGGUUUCAUUAAUGUUGAGUCCUGCUACGGUAAUUCUAUUUUUGGAAGCAGUUUUCUGCAAUGUAUCUGACAGCAACACUUAAGUUUCACUUUCUACAGCCUGAUCAGUGGACUAAUCUUUAACAGCCUAAUUUCUAAUCUAUAUUUAAAUACUUCUUUUGUAAGAUAAAAUAGUCACUUUUAUUGUCACCAACUUUUUUGAUCAGAUCUCUCAAUUUAGCAAAUAUUUUUGGAGAGGUUGGAUUUAGAGGGAUUCUAAAUCCAUUCUGAAUAUAUUUAAGCUGUUUCUUGAUGUUCCCUAACCUCCCACCUCCUCAGCCCCAUUUCUAGAUCCCAUUCAUUUUCUGCACCACCUCCUCCCCACAGGCUUAGGUUUCUCCCUAUUGCUCUUAAAUUUAAAAGGCCAAAACUGGAACUUUAGGAAUAUAAUUCCUGAUAAUACAGCUCAGUGUCAUUUUCAUAUUUUUAAAACCUGCUUUACAUGCCUGAUGGUCUAUGGUUCACUUUAACCAGAAGGUUUGCAUUUGCUGUUUUUCUCUCCAUACCAGAGCAGUUGGGUUUUAUCCCUUGCCUUUUAUGCCCAUUGAGCAUUACUCUGCUUUUGACAGGUAGUUUGGGGUCAGUUACAUUCAGUUUCAGUCUUAUAUUCCAAGUUGAUAACUCCACCGUAUUUCACAAUUUGAAAUUUAACACAAAAGAUGCUAUAGCUUAAAAUCUGCCUUGAUAAGUAUACUUACACUGGACCUAGGCAAAACCACUGAAGAGCAAGUGUUUUGUUCCUUUUUACCAUACAUAUAUAUGCUUUGAUCACUACUGCUUGAACCCCCCUGUUGGUAUAAUUCAGAUUUUUCCAGCUUAUUGCUGAGGAUGUCACACAUAAGAUGGGAUCAAACCUGAAAGUUUUCUAAUGGUUUUCCUUCCUCUAGAAGGCCAACACAAACAAAUUAGUGUGAUGUGACUUGCGUUUAGGUGCACUCUGCAUAGGCUUCCCAGUAAUGUUGCUAAACACCUUUCCCUAUUUUCCAUUUACACACAUCUAAACAUCUUAUUGAGAAAGACUGCAAAGCUUUCAAAAAUAUAAACAGGCUUGUGUUGUUUUUGUUUAAGUAAGUUUGACAUAUUCAACAUAGGAAUACUUUUGCAGAAUUUCUACAAUAAAUUUUUAUAUCAUAAUUUAGAACUUAUAGCCAAGGAUCCUCAAAACUGAAAACACAAGUAAGUUUUAUCUUAGGAUGGUGCUUGAUACAUCAAAGAGGAAUAGUCCAGUAACAGGGAAGAAUAUCUCAUCAAAACUGUGAUUCAGUGUUUUUGGAUAUUAGGAAAAGGUGAUACCAGACUUAUAAAAAUAGAUCUGAUCAUCAUAGGAGAGAAAUGUUCAUUAUAUAGCAUAGGAUGCCAUUACUUGAAUGUUCUCAGGGAGGCAUGUCAAAAGGCCUAGGUUCUAGUCCUGGCUCCAUCGCUAACCAACUGUGUGACCUUACUUCACCCAUGAGCCUUGUUCUCCUCACUAGUAAUAGGAAAAUAACACCAACCCUGCCUACCUCACAGGGAUGUUGUGAGGGUUUAACUGGUAUAUGUGAAAGUUCUUUCAAAAUUGUAAAAAUGCUGUAUAACUCUAAGGAAUUGUUAACGUAUUUGUUCCAAGAUUAUUAAUAAAAAAUUGAACUUA